UGCUGACUCAGUGCCUUAUACAGCAAGCCAGUCCCUUCUCCCGCGCCACCGAAGAGAACUGCGACCGACGCACGCUCCGGUAUAGCUCCUCUUCAAGCACCACCGCACAGACUACAGACAUGGCUAAAACGUCAAUCGCCUACAAAGAGAAGAUGAAGGAGAUUUCGGUCCUCUCUCUCAUCUGCUCCUGUCUGUACCCCGAGGCUCGUAAGAACCUCAUGGGCGAGUUUGAAGACAUGGAGGUCAAGCCCAUCAACAAGCGGGCCUCAGGCCAGGCCUUCGAGGUGAUCCUCAAGCCCCCCUCCCCGGUGUCCGACGCCGCCCAUACCAUCACCAACCCCCCGAAGAAGGAGGUCUCUCUGGAGGACAUCCAGAAGAAGCUGGAAGCCGCCGAGGACCGCCGGAGAUCCCAGGAGGCGUUGGUGCUGCGGGCCCUGGCCGAGAAGAGGGAGCACGAGCGCGACGUGCUGCUCAAGGCCAUGGAGGAGAACAGCAACUUCAGCCGCAUGGCCGAGGAGAAGCUCACCAUGAAGAUGGAGCAGAUCAAGGAGAACCGCCAGGCCUACCUGGCCUCCAUCAUGGAGCGCCUGCAGGAGAAGGAGAAGCAUGCCCAGAUGGUGCGCAGGAACAAGGAGUUGAGAGAAGAGAUCACAGCGUGAGCGGGGCCCUCUCUCACCCACCUCCCCACACCCUCCGAGUCUCCCUUGUAACCUACCAUGUCCCCUCUCCCAUCCGUCUCCCUACCCCACACCACGACCCCCCCCCCCCCAACCACCUCCGCUGCAACAUCCCCCCCCCCCACACAUUACCACCACCGCCCUGUGUCAGAAGUCGUGGAGAACACCUGUGAGGAGGGUUCAAAUCCUAGUCUCAACACCUCGAACAGACAGGGGUGAAGUGAAUAAAAAUUAAAAUAGACAAAAAAAAAACGCCAAUCCUCCCAGUCCUCUAAAAGGAAUGUUUUUGCUCGAUUUCAAUUAUGAAAAAACUUGUAAAAGUGGGUAUCGUUUAUUUAUUGUUUUUUUUUGUAAAUACUUCUUUUUUUGUUAUAUCCAGUACAAUACAGAAGCAAGUAUUCAUUGCAAGUGUGCCAUUCUGUUCUCCAUCUCUCUAUUUGUGGAUGUGAUUGUUUGAUUAUCCUUUAAUCCCAGACACUCCUGUUUGCGGUUCCUAUUGUUAUCAAGCUUAGGUGUUUGUCGUGAGUUUGCCAGCUGGUGACCGUUUGCAGUAUCUGGUCAUGUCUGCCUUACUCUGCGUCACAAAUCUCACACAGUUUGAGUCCGAGUGUGCACCGGUGAAGGCUUCCGAUCCCUAAUGGAUCAAACCAACGUCUCAUUGAUGUAACAGAGAGCCCCAAGGGAGAGGCCCCAACUAUACGUGUUAGCAUUCACUUCCUGUGUAAUCAACGGAGAAGCACGCUCGUGUGCACUUGGCGCCCCCCAAAAAGUGUCGGAAGAGAAUUGGGACCCAGCCCAUCUGUGUCUGUGUCGAGAACGCAAGCAGUCACUGCACACUGACUCCAGCGACAGUGCUUCAGGAGAAUACUAUAGCAUUUAUGAGCCCAUUCUCUCGUCUGUCUGCCUCGCGCCCCUUUCUCAAGCCCCUCCCCAACCACCCCACACCCCCCUCCCCCCACCUCCCCCCCCCCCUCUUCCUCCCCGUCAGCCCAUGCACAUGUCCGCGACACACAUACAUGCCCGCACACACGCACACACACUGUGGACACACACAAAGGGAGAACAGUCGGUAAGCAUAGUCGUAGUUCAAGGUCCUCUAUGACCAACAUGUUGGCCCGCCUGUAAUUUCAACUGCCAUUUCCUAGACCCAAUGGUAGACCACAGAGUAAUGUCUCGCUUCUCAAGAUUAGCCGAAUGACCUGUCAAUCAUCUAUUAGCAUUCACAAUCUCCGAGUGCACAGGUGCCAUGACUGUAGAAGUUCCAGAAAUGCUGCUGUGACAUCACGUCAAUUGUGAGGUUCCUAAGCGUGGCCGGAACUAGGAUCAGUCAGACUUCCCGAGUAUUCACUUAAACCAACAAAGGCGGGGAAACACCAACCUGAUCUACAAAUCUGCAUAAACUAUCCAUUGUAAACAGACUCGUCCCAUCUUCUCCUUAUCCAAUAGGACAUCCUAGGAUUAGGACUCAAGAAAACUAUAUAGCACCAUGCUAGACUGUGUCAGUCUCGUACCGCUAACGUCCAAACAGACAGAGGACCAUCGACUGCCAAACAUCAGUAUGGUUGAAACCCACUCAUUCCUUCCAAGUACUAAAGAACACCAAACUGCAAAUGAAGGAAGGAGUGUGUUAAGAGUAAAGGGGAGUCUAAGACGUAGUGAACGUGUAAGCCAUAAGAGUGACAAGCCCUUAAAGAAUGUUGGGGGGGGGUUCAGUGAGCCUCUGGAUCCUCUAAGCUAAAGCCUAUAGGAUAGCGUUGCCUAGCAUUGGUCUGCUGGAUGAUUUAGCAAAAAGGACAAUGUUAAAGCCCUGUUGGUCACAUAUACAGGCGUGUGUGUUUUUGUGUGUGUGUGUGUAUAUAUACAGUAUGUGUGAGUGUGUGUUUCAGGAUAGGUGGGUAGCCUAGGAUUUGACCUUGGAAAGGAACUUUGUAGUAGGGACAGUUGCAUAAUGAUCACUUACUGUUAACCUUUUCAUCGGUGUGUCACAACUUCCUGUUGUGGCCCUAACUACCUGCCUACCUGACUUCCUCUCCCUGUUUGUGUGUUUCCCCCUUCCACAUAUAUCUUUGUGAGCAAGCUGUGGUUAAUAAAGUUUGGGGUUCAG